CACCCAUUUCAUUGAUAUGCCUGAGUAACAAGUGAUUUACCCCUAGUCCUAAUAAUGGCUUUGCUUCCCAUUGCAAUUUAACACCUGUGAAGUAUGUUGUCGUAGGUAACCCAUUGUUAGUGACAGUUAUAAUUAUGCUAUAAUUCUAUUGACUAUCACAAGUGUCUCUGCCUUCUCACAAUGGUUGCUGGUGUUCACCAAAUCCAAAUUUUAUUAGUUUUAUCCAUUAUUAUUGGACUAAAUGGAAACUCAGUGGAGCCUUCAUGUUCUAAAAUGGAUGCUGAUGUGUUGAUUCUAGGAGCUGGGAUGGCAGGAAUCAGUGCUGCUAAAACUCUCAGUGAUGCUGGGGUAAAGAACCUCAUUAUUCUUGAAGGGAGAAGUGAAAUAGGAGGCAGAAUUCGAAGUGAGGUUUUGGAGGCGACUGGUGUACGAGUAGAGCUUGGAGCUAACUGGAUAGAGGAUCUUGAUCCUAAUAAUCUAAACUCCCAUCCUCUUUGGCAAUUGGCCAAACAGUGUGGGGGUUUGGCUGGUAACUUUCAAGAUGGUGUAAUAUUUGGACCUAUUCAUGCUUUUGAUGACCAUAAAAGGAAUCUAACUGCAAACAGUACAUUCUUGUCACGUUUGAAUCAUUGGGAAAAUGUCGGUCAUGACAUCAAAUCAUACCUUACGAAUGCAACUAAGAAUCAUGAUCAUCUUUUAGACGUUUCCGCUCGUCAGGCACUGCAGCAGUUUGGAUGGGUUCCAGAAACCGCAAUUGAUAAAGCUAUUGAAUGGUUAGGAUUUGACUGGGAAUGUGCAUGUCCUCCUGAGAAUGGCUCUUUUCUGUUCAGCUUUCCGAUGUCCCGUGACUACAUGUACUUCGUUACAGAUCAAAAGCAAGGAUAUGUGAAGCUCGUCCAUUGCCUUGCAGACAGCUUUUUAUCGCCUCUUGACAAUCGUCUUCAUCUUGGUAGUACUGUCCAGGAAGUUAAGUGGUACUCUGGUGACCAGUGUGUGUGUGUAACUACUAUCGAGAGUGGAGUAAAUAAGGAGUAUUGUGCUGCUUCAGCUGUGUUGACAUUUGCUAUCGGAGUUCUCAAAAGUGAUCAUGUUGUGUUCAACCCCCCACUACCAAGCCCGAAGCUAGAGGCUAUUUCCAAGAUUGGGGAUGGAUACUACCUGAAACUUUUUGUAGAGUUUAGUGAAGUAUUUUGGGACAAAGACAAAGUUCCAACUAUUUUACAUGUCAGCUCCAACAAAGGUUAUUAUGCCCACUUUCAGUCACUGGCACAGAACUUACCUGGAAAUCCACCUAUUCUUAUCGCCACCUUAAUUGGAGAAUAUGCCAUUAAAGCAUACACACUAUCAAAUUCCCAAAUCAAAUCUCAAGUCACCGAAGUUCUCAGAAAUAUAUUUGGUCCUUCUGUUCCAGAGCCGAUAGCUAUUACGGUUCCCGAUUGGGGUGUCAACUCAUUGUAUAAUGGCAUGUACAGUUAUCGGUCGUAUGGAUUCACCCAAUCAGACCUCGAUGCCCUACGAAUUAAUGCUGGCUCUCUAUACUUUGCUGGUGAGGCACUUGUCAAUGAUGGCGAGUACGGUUUUGUACACAGUGCACUGAAGUCUGGCAUUGAAACUGCUGAGGAGAUUCUAAAAAGAGGUCAUGUUUGAUCUCACAGCUUCGUUGCUUUGUCAUGUGAAAUUGUGUAUUUAAUUUGCUUUCCUUGUGUUGCAUGUUGCUUACAUGUACAUGUACUAUAAUUACUGUACGAUCAAUGGUCAAGUUAAAUUGUUAGCUCUAGUGACCUGUUAGCAGUCAACCAAACUUGGCUUUUGUUAUGUUAUCAAUUUUUGUGAUAAGAUUUAAUUAACACAUUAGGGAUCUACCCUGGUGGGGUGACUUUUGCAAAACAUG